GUUGGAACUGGCUUCAGUUUUACAGAUGAUCCGAAAGGAUAUGCAAAGAAUGAAGAUGAUGUUGGAAGAGAUUUGUAUAGUGCAAUUGUUCAGUUUUUCCAGCUUUUUCCUGAUUAUCAGAAAAAUGACUUCUAUGCAACAGGAGAAUCUUAUGCAGGGAAAUAUGUGCCAGCCAUUGGAUAUUAUAUUCAUAGCAAUAAUCCUACAGCAAAGAUAAAGAUCAACUUCAAAGGUGUUGCCAUUGGGGAUGGUCUAUGUGACCCUGAAGUGAUGCUGGGAGGCUAUGCAGAAUUUUUAUAUCAAAUUGGCUUGUUAGAUGAGAAGCAGAAGAUAUAUGUCCAAAAUCAGACUAAUCUGGGACAACAAUACAUCCAGCAGAAAAAAUGGAAAGAAGCCUUUGAAGUAUUUGAUACUCUGUUGAAUGGUGAUAAAACUGGAAGUCCUCCUUAUGUUCAUACUGUCACAGGAUGUAGCAACUAUUUCAAUUUCUUGAAGUGCGAAGAGCCUGAAGAUCAGGAAUAUUUUGGAAAUCUAUUAUCACUGCCAAACAUAAGAAAAUCUAUCCAUGUUGGAAAUUUGACCUUCCAUGAUGGUUCUAUGGUUGAGGAGCACUUGGUUGAAGAUAUAAUGAAGACAAUAAAACCUUGGUUGGCUGUUUUAAUGGAUCAUUAUAGAGUUCUCUUAUACAAUGGGCAACUUGAUAUCAUUGUGGCAGCUCCACUUACUGAACGAUUUCUGCCCACUGUGCCAUGGGGCAAAGUGAAAGAAUACAAAGAUGCUGAGAGAAUCAUAUGGCGAAUACAUGAUAAAGAUCCUGAAGUUGCUGGCUAUGUACGCCAAGUGGGUGAAUUCUAUCAG